AAAGCGAUAAGCUGCCACCGUUCGGCCGCUUGGCGCGCGCCCACGCCACGCCCGAUGGUUCUCGCCUCUGUUGCUGUGGUGAACCGAUGGAUUUGGUCGCCGGAGGAGUGCUCCACGGGCGCUUGCCUAUCAGGUCAUUGCGAUUUCCCCUUGUGCUCCGCUCGCUGCCCUCCCCUACCGUGGCAGUGAGUGCUGGUGCUGCCCUCCCGGGAUGCCCAUGCCCGCCAAUCGUUCGGUGGAAUGCGCCAGCGGUGGUGCCGUUCGCCAAGAAGAAGCGGAAGGGGUACAGGGACGACCCGCCGGAUGAGGAGGCCACGGAUGAUUUCGUCGAUGAAUUGGAGGAGGGCGAGGAGGUGGAGGUGGAUGGGGAGGAGGAGGAUUUCGACGACGACGAUGAAGGUGAUAUAAUGGAUGAGGAGGAGGACGACGAGGAGGACUAUGACUUUGAAGAUGAUUUUGAGAGUGAUGACGAACAGGAUCUUUACGUUGGAGAUGGAGGUGCUGGAGGUGGUAUAUCACUUGCUGGCACAUGGUGGGACAAGGAAGCAUUGGCUUUGGCAGAGCAGGUCUCAGCAUCAUUGGAUGAUGACUUGAAAAUCUAUGCUUUUAAGACAGCUGCAAAUUUAACUAUCAGAGUACGCAUUGAGAAGAUGUCCACUAGGUAUGGUUCUCCAACAAUAGAUGACAUUGAAGCAUACACAAUCGCAUACCGUGCUAAGUUGGACGAUGCAGAGUCAGCAGGAAAGAUACCACAGAACAUAUCCUUGGAGGUAUCAUCCCCUGGUGUGGAGAGAGUUGUCCGUAUCCCUGAAGAGCUCGAACGCUUCAAAGAACGGGCAAUGUACGUCAGAUACACUACAACAAGUGAUGAGGCAGCCACACCUCAGGAAGGCGAUGGUGUGCUGAGGCUAAUAUCCUAUGACAUGGACCUGCGAGAGUGCACCUGGGGCAUAGCCGAUGUGAAGAUAAACCGGCAGCAGACCGGCAAGGGCAGGCCACUGAGCAAGAAGCAGAGGGAAUGGCGGCUGCAGACGCCCUUCGAGUCGCUGAAGCUGGUUAGGCUGUACUCUGAAUGUUGAGAUGGCGGUUUUCGAGGAAAUUUUGUAGUAUCCAUUUGUUGUAGUCCUUCAGUUUAUCCAGUCUUGCUGAACUCGGAUAGCCCACUGAUAUGCAGGUAGAUUGUUGUUGUACUAUGUGUCAUAAUCAAUGAUGAGAUAAGCGUUUCUACUGCUAACAGACAACACCUACCAGAGGUUUAGCUAGCCGUUUAGCUCACAAAAGAGUAUGUUUGUUGCCUCAUUCUUGACAGUGUACAUGCACUUAA